AAUUGAUAUAAUGACAUGGACAACUUCGACUGCUCCGAGCUCAGGGCCCAUGAUCUCUUGGCCUCUUUCGUCUCUUUCUUGUUUUAUGAUGCCUUGGCAGGAGACUUUGCUGUCGGGUAUGCAGCAGAAAAUGUACUACAGAAAAAUAGCUUUGACACGAUUCAUUUUGUUCUCCCACUCGCAUUUUCAGCAAGUGUUAUCUCACGCUUAUUCCCCUCAAGAUGCACAAGCCAGAACCCACAACUACUAAUGAGCAAGCGCCAUUUUGCCUCUUCCAAUGCCCGAAUGAAAUCAUUAAGGUUACCAGCUACCUAAAGCUGAGCCAUUUAAAUGCAUUCUUCCAAGUUUCACACUCUUUACACACAGUUCUUCGCAAUACAUUCUACAAUCGCGUAUGUACUACUUUGAUAAGUUACGGUUUUCCUUUUGCCAGU